UAGAAAGUGUACCUCUCAUUACAAAUUUUUCACGUUAUAGCAAAUUAUUCGAAAACGGCUCUAACGAUUUUGAUUUAACUUUGCAGACGUAAUUUCAAAAAAGUCAAAUAAAAAAAAAGUUUUCAUUUUAUAAAUUUUACCCUAAAUGUCGGCUCUUCCUCCACAUCAAAUUUUUUUUAAAUUUCUAUGGAGCCAGCUCUUAAAAUCUACAAGUAAACUAAUAGUCCGGUCAAAUUAGACUAAAAUAAGGGAUGAGGUUACAUUAAUUCCCAACAAGCUGAAAAUUGGUAGGAUUGUUGGAAACACCAUCAUAAAUUAGAUCUAAAAAGUCCUCAUCGAUCCGAGACCUGGAAACAAAUUUACUUGGGGUCAAAGGUCACAAAAACUGGUUUUUCUCGAUUUUCAACAAAACGUGUAGAACACUCUUCAGUUAAGCAACGUACGUCUUCGUGGUUAAAACAAACUCACUGAGAAACUAUGUUGUGGCUCAAAUUCGAACUUAUAAAAAUAUGUGGUUUUGUACUCUUUAUCCUUUGGAUCUAUCUUUUAAGCGUUGUAGAAGGAAAACAUGUGACUAAGCGAGGAUUUAUGGACAAUAUUAAUAAUGGAAUCAAAUAUGCUGGUCAAAUGAUGGGAAUAAACACUGCUGCUGACGUCGCAACUUUGGUAGCAAAAGCAUUCUCAUCAGAACAAGUUCCUCCUAAGCAAUUCGAUUCAUCAUUUCUAUUUCAAACCCCCAGUAAACAUCAAAGCUCUGAAAGAGAUACUGAUCCAUCCAUUAUGAAUCCAACGGACAUGAUUGGCGGUCUUUUAAGGAUGAUUGGUUUCGAUGCUGGGAAACUUGGAGCCUUGGCUAUUAAUGCACUAUUAAUGAUCGCUCAAUUGAUAGGAAACACAUUCAAGAAGCGUAAGAAUUCAGCAAACUUUCCAAAAUCAUCCGAAGAUGGUCGUUAUAAUGAUGACGAAGAGUCUUCUUAUGAUGAUCAACAAAAUGAACGAUCUUCUCGUUCUGAUGAUACACCCCUUGACUGGAUACUGACAAAUCCACCUGAAGGACUUUCUGAUUUUAUGAAACAAAUAAUAGAUGGAAAACUUCCUGACAAAUUGGUUGAAGCAAUUGGUAGACUUGAAACUCAAAAUGGCCAGGGGGAUUGCAUUAAAUUGCUAAUGUGUAAAAGUGCGCCUUUUAUUUGGGGAAUGCAAAAAUCAGUUUCGAAUCGUUUAAAUGGAGAACUAAAUGAAGCGUUUACAGAGAAGUUUAAAAUUCAAGAGCCAAUGUCAAUGUUGUUUCAAAAUUUACCUGAAAUAGAGGAAUAUCGUCGCCACGAUCACCUAUGUGAACAACGCUAUUCCCAAUUUUGCAAUCGAAAUUACUCUUAAUAUUUGUUUAUUGUUACCAAGUUAAUUAACUGCUUUAUUUGUAUUUGUAUCUUAAAAUGCUCAAAGAAAAUAUAAUUAUUGAAGAAUACUUGAAUUGAAAUU